AUGGCUAGGCUCACACAGCUCUUCCGAUUGGAAGACCGAAAGGAGGCGAGGUAUCUUCUUGCUCCUACACAUGAGGAAGAAAUCACGGAAUUGGUUUCAAACUCGGUCCAAUCAUACAAAGAACUUCCUGUUCGUUUAUACCAGAUUACUCGAAAGUAUCGUGAUGAGCUACGACCGAGGCAAGGACUUCUCCGUUCUCGAGAAUUUGUCAUGAAAGAUCUUUAUACGUUUGAUUACAAUAACACUUCCGCUCUGUCAACUUACGAAAAUGUUCGCAAAGCAUAUCAUAAUCUUUUCGAUGAACUAAAAAUUCCAUAUCUUGUAGCCGAAGCCGAUUCAGGAGACAUAGGUGGUGACCUCAGUCAUGAGUUUCACUUUCCAACUAAGAUUGGGGAAGACAAUAUCAUCAGUUGCAGUAAAUGCAAUUAUGUGGCAAAUGAGGAGUUAGCAGAAAGUGGGUUGCCAAAAUUGAAUGAGGCCGAGAGUUUGGAGAACGAGUUUAAAAACCUGAAGAAGGUUGGUGGGUUCUCUCGUGAUGGAUCUACCCUAAUUGUCCACUUGGUUUUAUUCUGA